AUGGCUCACAUCAAGCUAAAAUACCGGAUUGCAACUUCCAAUGACGCGACAAUCCUCCUUCCUCUCAUCCGCUCCGCAUACAGAGGAAAAGACAGUUCCGCGGGAUGGACAACAGAGUCGGAUUUGUUGACAGAUGAACGCAUCGAUGCCGCUGGAAUAAUAUCCAAAAUCAACACCCCUCAUUCCUUUAUUUUUGUGGCCGAGGACGAGCAAGAUGUUCCCAUCUCAUGUUGCGAGGUUGUCUGGCGCAAAGGCGGCGACAGCGCAUAUUUUGGUCUCUUUGCAGUGGACCCAACACGUCAAGGCGGCGGCAUUGGGCGUCAAGUCCUGACGUAUGCAGAGGAAUUUGCACAGCGGCAAUGGGGAGUGCGCAAGAUGGAAAUGAUGGUGAUAUGGCUGAGAGAGGACAUCAUUGCUUGGUACGCCAGGAGAGGGUACCAAAAGACGGGAGAGACGCGGCCGUUUCCAUACGCUGAACUCGUCAACGGGGUCGCGCUGAGAGACGACCUGUACUUUGACGUGCUCGUAAAGGAUCUUUAA